AUGCCGACAGUGUUGUUUAUGAUUCCGCUGGUCCGCUGGCGCAUGAUCGCGCCCGGUGCGCGGACCUUCCUGCACGUCAUUUAUGGUCGCUUCGGUUCCACCGCGCACCUUAUACUCUGUACCUUCGCCCUCCUUAAUAGUCUCUACAUUGUUGCCACCACUAUCGAAACUGGCAACAGACUGUUCUCGAGCAUUUCCACAGAAAUAACAUUUGACUUGGUGUGGAUCGUCGCUAUAACCAUUGCUGGAAUUUGCGUGAGUUGCGCCAAUCUGCGACAAGUAUUUCCUGUCUGCUAUGUGGGCAGUGGUUUUCUCAUGCUCUCUUCCAUGGCGUUCUUCACCGGUGUCUACUUUCUCAGCAGCAAUCCUAAACUAGGUUCAAUUAAUAGGAUAUAUGAGGCGAAUGUGGCAGAGGAUGAUCUGUACUCUGGCAAAAUCAACCGGAUGUCAUUUUACAAUUGGCACACUUGGAUUUUGGCGGUCAGGAAGUUCUUGACUCAAGCUUCAGUGACCGUAGCGGAAGCAUUAUUUGGCAGAAGAGGUCUGUUGGUGCUCUUUGUGAUGUACGCCUUCAUUAUCGUAAAUAUCAGCGUGUUCCAGCUCUUCGGGAUCAGUUCUAUUCUCACAUUUGACAUCUAUGCCAUUCAUAUGAGGCCGUUCCGAGUAUGCUUGGACGUCAAUUGCUGUUUAUUGUGUGGAAAAACACGAGAACCUAUCUUCCGGCCAAAAGACAACUGCAAAUGUGUACCUGUAACAUGCUGCUUACAGUGUCAGAUCAAUAGAAGAAAUGGUUGCGCUGCCAAGGGUCCGGUUUUGCCAUCGUAUGAAUGCAGAACACACGCCGAAUACAUGAACUACGAGAAACGCUUGGAGAAUGUGCGCCGCUCAUCCAUCUUAGUAAUCUUCUCUGUUGUUCUUCCGAUUGGUCUGCUAUUCAACCUGCUUAAAGUUAACUCCGUGACACUGAUAAAUGGAUUCAAUAUACUGGUGUCGGCCACUCUGGGAAGCCUCCUGUACUCCUUCUUUUGGGAAAGAAUGACCGCGAUGGGGGUGGUGGUAGGGACAGCUUUGAGCACCUCUAUGGCUGGCCUUGUGUGGGUUCUAAUGAACACUCUCAUUAGAUUAUAUCCCAACCUCAGCAUCGACUUCGACAUUCUAGAUAUUGCAUUGUUUACGACUGCAAUCAUGGGAGGAUUCCUUUUUCCUCCUUUGGUGGCAUGCAUAGAGAAAAGCCGUAAGGCAUUUCGCAAUGAGGAAAACACCAAUCUGGAUUGCCAGUCAUGGCAACGUAUCUACGAACUGGACAACCCGUUAUCCCCUUGGGCCUUUGAGUACGCGGACAACUUUAGCAAGGAAAGCUACAACCGACCUGACCCAGAGGAAGUGAGGAGAGUCUAUCGACGCUCAUGGUAUUUUGCCCUCGGCAGUGCCAUUUCAUUCGUCACAGUGGGUGUCCUCAUAUUGCCCGGUCUCUUCUACGCCUUCAAACUCCCGGACGUUGUCUAUUUUAAGAUUUGGGUAGGCGCCAAACGUCCCAUUAAUUACUGCCUUUGA